GGGCACCAGGCCCUGCCCUGCUGUCCUGGCCCCACCUUUGGGUGUCCCCAGGGGCCACCACCCACCUGCACUGCGGAGGAAACCAGAGCCGGCCCUUCCUGCCACCGAAAUUCAGGACAUUUUGGUGGUUUGAGAGCAAGUCUGGGGAGAGGAUCAGCCCCCCUUGGCCCGGGGGAGGCAAAUGGGUUUCACACGGAGCUUUUCCAUCGUGUCCCCCCUCCAGGCCGAGGGACUCUCUCUGACGAACACGCCGGGAUCAUUUCCGUGCUGGCCCAGCAGGCGGCCAAGCUCAGCUCGGACCCCACGGACACCCCCGUGGUGUGCCUGGAGUCGGACACCGGGAACAUCAUGAUCCAGAAGCACGACACCAUCACUGUAGCAGUGCAUAAGUUGGCAUCCUGAUCCUUGGAACCAGCUGCACUCCCAGCCCCUCCUCCCUGCACAACCCUGCACUCCAGCUCUGGUUUGGAACCCCAGUCCUGGGGUGAAGGCUCUCCCUCUCUUCUGAACAGCUCCUGUGCAGCUCUCCAGGUCUCCAACUCCCACUGUAGCACUUGUGGUGCUGAGGGUGACACGUGGUCACUCACCCAGCUCGUGGAAGGUCAGAUCCUACCAGGUGCAUGUGUGGUGUUGGUUGGAGAAAUCAAUAAAUGACCUGUAAAAACA